AUGCCCGGCGUUCAGGUCCAGUUGCCUAUCAUUGGCGAUUCGUUGCUCGCCCAUCAUCCUAGCAACAUCGACAUCCACGACCCAUGUCUUCACGGAAACCUUCACACACUCUCUACGCCUCCAGUCUUUUCGCACAAUUCACGACCCAGACGAUCACACGGGUCGUUGUCCUUCCUUUCCUCCUCCGCAUAUCGGUCCGAGUACUUAGACCUACCAGUCGCAUCUUCUCGACGGACCAUGGAUCGAGCGACGGUAAACAUCUCGCCGUUCCGAUCUGUUCGUCAGAUGAAAGAACCUUUUCAGCUGAAACUUCCCACCUCCCCUUCAUUUGACCCCGGUCCUAUCUACCCUAUCUCGAACAGAGACUCCAAGGACAACAAAACCCAACCACGGGGCCUCCAAUCGCCUAUCGGUUUGCGUCCCCUGCGAACUUGUCGAUCCGAUCAAAACUUGGUUGCCGGUGCUCUCAAAAGUUUUGGUCUUCUGCCCAGUCCGAGCCUGUCCGAUUCUCAGAUUUUAGGAAAACCCGAACCGCAAGAAACCCAUAUGGAAGACAAGAGCAUCGUCUCAAAAUGCGUCUGUAUAAAUGGUGAAAGUUGCGAGGCUUGCUUUAUUCAGCCUUACAAUACCGACGUCGCGCAGAUCCCUGCAGACCUCGAAAUGGUGGACCACCCCGAGGAAGUGACCCGAGAUGAGGAAGUCGUUCCCUCAAAGACGCUUUCCGAAUCAGCGUCUACUCCACAUAUGCCCUCUUCGACAGCUAUAUUGUCUCCUAUAUCAUCUGCAAAUAGCAAAAAGCGCACAAGGACCGCUACCGUUUCAAGUGCGACGAGUUGGGCACCUGGGGAUUUGACAUAUUGCGAAUCCUGGCUGCAAGGAGUACCUCUAGAGACGCCAGAUCGCAACGACGAAAAAGCACGAGAAACCAACCGGCGGAAGUUCCAAAUAGUUCAACAGAUUGACGAACCUCUGCCACCAAACCUGGGUGUACAGGGCCGAAAGCCCGCCCACUUGCGAAUUGACACGAAUGCAGCCAAUAAUCCAAUUAUGCUGGCUGUUGCUAGUAAGAUGAAGCCGAAACUUGUUGACAUAUCUCGUCCUUCUUCAUCGGGCACAACGUUUUCGGUACCCAUUCAUCCCCCUCCAUCAUGGCGACGGCCAUCGACGCCCGAGCGACGCAGCAUCAAUGAAAUAUCGGCGUUUAGUCCGGACACUCCACAAGAUGUACCCGAUAGUGGCUAUGUCACCCAGCAGUCCAAUCGAUCAUCUGAGGAAAGCCACGAGUUUAAUGACGAUGAUUAUGUGGAUGCAGUGGGCUUUGGAGCAUCGUCAGGCACUCACGGUAAUUUAUCACUUGCCGUUGACUUGUUCUCGGAGAAGCUGUCCGUCAAGAACGGACAUGUCUCAUGCUACAAGAGACACUAUGCACCUUCAUAUUCCCGGAAAGACCCACCACAUACUCCUCCGGCUGUCUCCCCUAGAACAGUUGAACAGGAGAGUCUGGCAAAGUGGUGGGACUACGAAUGGACACUUGAUCAACUCGAAGAGUCAAUCAAAGAAUUCCCCAAGCAAACACUUCGCCUUACGUCACCUGUCAUCAUCUUGAUCAGGCAAAACCACGAGAAAGCAUUGCUUCGACCUUUUCGCAAAGUCUUCUCCGGCGUCCCUGACAACUUGAUCGACUAUCUUUGUGCAGCCUUGAUUGCUAAAAACUAUCUGGUUUCGAUGGCGGCAACUCAUCACAAACUAAACAACUCUAUGACCCCGCCUCUAACACAAACACUAAACAACAAUCUUUCAAAGCUCGACAGUGUGCCAGAAAAGGCACGAGCUACCCUUGGCAUCACCCUGCCAACCUCAAACAAAUUCCAAGUCGCCGAUCGACUAAUGGGCACACGCAGUCUUGAGCUCCAGAAAGGCCUGGAUCGAAUAGUUGAUAAACUACUAUACACGAUCUGCGGUCGGCAUGAUGACACCUUGAAGGCAUCAGUCGCAGUGCUGAUGCAAGUCCUCGAAGCGAAAGCAUAA